CCACUGAGCUCCAGUCAGGACUUUACAGGACCUGGAGAGAGACACUGAGCUGACACAGAAAUGAGAGGACUUGUUGUCUUGGUUACUUUGGCCUGCUUUGCCAACGCUCAGCACCAAGCACUGAUUGACUAUUUGGAGCGGAGGCUGCUUGCUAUUGAGGACCGGAUCUCUCUGUGGCACGAACAGACCACCCGUUAUGCCUCGGAGCUGCGGGAGCUGAAGCAGCAGAUGGUUUCCCAGCUGGAGAACUUGGACAAAGAGAAAGAGGCGCUGAGAAUGAAUCUGGACGGUGUCGGCACCAGGGUGGACCGGGUGGAGCGAGAGCUGGACUACCUGGAGACGCAGAACGGGGCUCAGCCUUGUGUGGAUGUGGACGACAAGUUGAUAGAGCAGCAGGUGACUCUGGUGCAGGAGAAGCAGAAGGCCAAAUAUUUCAAACUCUCAGACUGCAGCGACAUGAUCUCCAGUAUAAAAGCCAUGAAGAUCUUAAAGCGAGUUGGAGGACCAAAGGGCAUGUGGAGUAAAGACAGCAGUAAUGGCUCUGGGAAGGUCUACAUCUUUAAUGGGACGGACGGCGACACCAUCCACGAGUUUUCCUCUGCGCAAGACUUCACCCGCUCCCUGGGCCUGUCUCUGUCCAGGAGCCUGAAGCUGCCGUCAGCCUGGAGGGGAACAGGACACGUCAUCUACAACAACCACGCCUAUUAUGUAAAUCAGGUUGACGAUGUAAUGGUGGUUAAAUAUGACCUGAAGACCAACUCUGUGACGGACAGCGCUGUGUUUCCAGUCCAGGACCAUGUCCCUGUGUACGGCCUGACCCCCGAGACAGUGAUGGACCUGGCUGUGGAUGAGGAAGGCCUGUGGGCCAUCUACGCCACGCGGCAGAAUGAGCAGCACAUCUCUCUGGCUAAAAUGGACGCCAGCUCGCUGGACAUCGAGCAGAUGUGGGACACAAACUGCCCGAGAGAGAGCGCAGAGUCAGCGUUUGUCAUCUGUGGCACCCUCUAUGUGGUGUACAACACCAAGCAGGCCGGCCGCUCACGUGUGCAGUGCGUGUUCGACGUCAAUGGCAUGGUGAGCAAUGACGAGGCGCCACUGGUUUACUUCCCCAAACGCUAUGGAUCUCACUCCAGCCUGAAGUACAACCCUCAGGAGCAGCUGCUGUACGCCUGGGAUGACGGCUACCAGAUCCUGUACAAGCUUGUCAUGAAAAAGAAACUAGAAAUAUGAACUGAUUAAUCAUCUUUCCAAACCUCCCACUAACAUAUCCACCACUGCAUACACUCCACACACUGCAAGGACCUGCAGGAGUUAUGCAAGGUUUAGUUCCUUGCAAAAUCAUCUAUACAGUAGCUCAUAUAACUGGCAACCAUUUUAUUAUGUGUGUUGUAGAAUUUCAAAUUUUUGAAUUAGUUUAUUUGAGGGCAGCCAUUAGUUUCCAUGUCAUCUACUAUUGAAUCAUACAUCUUAGAAAAAAAGUAAUAUAAAAUAAUAUAAAAUAUGCUUUAAUGCUAAUGUUCACUAUGAUGCAACAACUAGACAAAGUUUCAAGUGUGUCAUUUCAUUUUCCCAUUAUGAGGAAACUAGAAUGGCGUUCAGUAGACUGCAUACCUCCAAAAGUCAAAUUUCACAAACUUAUAGAUUUCAUAAAAGAUCCAUGAAUUCUUCCCUAUAGGAAAAUGCUGUAUCUUGCAAUGCUAAAAAUACCUUUUCUAAAAUGUCUUCAUCUGGAAAUGUAAGGGGUUCUUUCCUAAGCCAUAUCGCAUUACUCUCCCAAGUUUCAAGGAAAUCUGUCGAAAUAUUGAUAACAAACUAACAAACACACAAAAUGGACACAGGUGAAAACAUGGCCUCCUUGGUGGAGAUAAUACUCUCUAAGAGUAAGAAAAAUACAUUCAAAUAUCUUUUUAAAAUAAAGCCUGCAAUGUUUGAAGUAGACGUGAAUGAAAAGUUAAGAAACUGCCAAAUUACUGUUAUGUUCUUGUAUGUUUGAAAAAGUUUUUGAUUGUAUAGAAAUUUGUAUUUUUGCAGGUUCAGGUUUGAAUUUAAGACUCUGAGGGCCGAACACUGCAGGAUCUGAGACAAAGAAUAGUCUCACAGGUUUCAUGUAAGUUCCUGAAUCAAAGACUGAGACUGAAUCAGGGAACAGAGUGACUGUUCACAGAGUCUAACAGGCUGCUGAGCACUUUUCCAGAGUUUCAGAGGUUUAGGCUGAGUCAAGGGCUGGCAGGUGGCCAACCUGUAAGUGUGGUAAUGAGAGCUGGCUGAGCGUGGCUGGAAGGGAAGUUAGGUCAAAAAAAGAAAACACACACACAGUGGUCAUUAUUCAGGCAGACAGCUAGGUAAGGAAACCUCCAAAAAGAAUAAAAAACUAGAGCAGCAUACAGUAGUGUGCAUACCUCCACUCAAAGGGCCCUUAAGUUGCUUUCAGACCUGAACUGAAGUCCAGACAUUUCCCUAAAAAUGUGCGAACACAAAAUGUCCAAGUCAGUUGCUGAACUUUACCUUCCAGCCCCCUGAUGACAUGUCUAGAAAAAGCACAGCAAGUGAUUUGUUACAUAUUUCUAACAUGUGACGGAUGCAAAGUGACAAAAACCCAAACAAUACAAAUGUGUCAGGAUGAAAAUGAGGUGGCACAGAAGUAGAAGAUGCAGACAGAGAAGUUAACUUGGAAAGACAGUGAGAUUCGAGAGCUUCUGGUGAUAAGGGCCGACGUCAAUGUUGAUGUGCUGUAAUCAAAAACAGCGGAAUCUACCUUAACAAUCUUUGUUCUGCCUCCUGUGUCCUCUACCCGGAGGUCACGCCUCACCUGAAUGUUCCAGACAUUCUUGUGAACAUGAAGAAAGGGGCCAAACAAAUCCUGGAUCUGCACCUUCAGUGGAAUCUGCUCCAGACGUUUUUAGGGCCAUCCCUAGCUUAUACCCCCGCCCUUACACCAAGGCGGCCAAAUCUUAUGUCUAAUCAAGGUACUGUAAUGCUGCUGGUGGGUCAACUUGAAUAGGUUUACUGUACUUGAUCUCUGGUGCUGUUCCAAAGACCCUUUUCCCCGUCUGAUGCAUACUUUGCUCAAAUGAAGAUCUCACCAUACUUUUAAACCUUUUCAUACGGUACACCUGACCUGUCCGCAUGACUUCACUGUCAACAUCUGUCCUUCUUAUGCUUUACACAUAAACGCAUAAAUGCUAAAAUUUCUCAUUUCCAUGCGCAUCAGAUUCAUUGGAGGUCAGUUUUUUUAUCCCUGCUGCUCACAUGCAACUGUUCACCCUAAGUUUUACAUCCAUAGACCUCAUUAAGAGUCAAGGACAAAGGUAACAGCAGUUGUGGUGUCCAUAAUAAGUCAGUCUAAAUAAAGGCUUCAGUUUGUUUAACUGAUCACAAUAUAACAUUCAUUAUGUUCAAUAGGGGGCCAAGGUUAGUUCAGACGAUGGCAUAAAAAAUAGACUGCUGUUCAUUUAUUCAAUUUAAUUACUUCUAGCGAUUGGAUCAAUAAAGUUUAAGACCAACAACUAUCGUCAUCAAAUAUGGUGUCACUUGUAAAACAUCCUCAACAAAGCUGUCACUACAAGUAAAAACCGCUAGCUGGCUAGCACUAAUAUAUAUUUCUCUUUUUAUGUGUAUUUUUCCUACAAGCCAAGCACGUGUUUCUUGUGGUGUUAAUUUUUUACUGAAUGAAAUCACCAAAAUAAGCAGAAUGCCGUCAUUCUCAUUUAAUGGAUUAUUAUUUUGACAAUUCAUUUAUAUCUCAGUAUAAAAUAUAUUUCUUACUACUGCUUACUAAACUGCUUAUAAUCCCACAAUUUAUGGUUCUUCUAGUUACUGUUCUUUUUUAGAAUAAAUGGUAAACUACACAUGUUAACUCUUGGACUGUAUUUUUCUAUAAAUAGAUACAAACGUAUUAAGCCACUAUGUAGGAUUUUAACGUUUUAGACUUUAACCUAUUUAUGCUGUUGUUAAAAUCCUUUUUUUCACUCUGCCUCCUGUAUUGUUUGACAUGAUGUCAAAAUGUGGUGUGACAAA